AGAUGGCUACCGGUGGCAGCGGCAGGGUUUGUAGGCAUUUUUCGAAACUGAUGCCCUGGAUAUGUAUUCCAGUUUUUCAUCUACUACUUUUGCCCAGUUACUGAGACAAAAAGACGCUUAUGUUUGCUCUGAAAAUAAGAAGCAAACCCGGAUAAACAUCAGAUUGUUUAGAAGAAACAGUAGGAUUCCUAAUUCAGACGGGCACUUUCACUGAUCUGGCCAUACUGUUUGUAAUCCAGCAGAUAUGAACAUGGUAAAAAGGAUUAUGGGGCGGCCACGACAGGAGGAGUGCAGUCCACAGGAUAAUGCAUUGGGGCUUAUGCAUCUGCGCCGUCUUUUCACAGAGCUGUGCCAUCCUCCACGACACAUGACCCAGAAAGAACAAGAGGAGAAACUUUACAUGAUGCUGCCAGUGUUCAACAGGGUGUUUGGAAAUUCCCCUCCAGGCACUAUGACAGAGAAGUUCCCAGAUCUGCUGCAGUUCACAACUCAAGUGUCACGACUCAUGGUAACUGAAAUCCGGAGGAGAGCAUCAAAUAAAUCUACAGAAGCUGCUAGUCGUGCCAUAGUCCAGUUUUUAGAGGUUAAUCAGAGUGAGGAGACCAGUAGGGGCUGGAUGCUACUGACAACAAUAAACCUUCUUGCCUCAUCUGGGCAGAAAACAGUGGACUACAUGACAACAAUGUCCGUGCCUUCCACGCUUGUUAAAUGUCUGUAUCUCUUCUUUGAUCUUCCACAUGUGCCUGAGGUACCUGGAGGAGCACAGACAGAGCUACCUCUAGAAGAGCGUAGAGCUCUUCUGCAGAAAGUUUUUGUACAGAUUCUAGUGAAGUUGUGUAGUUAUGUGUCACCUGCAGAAGAGCUUGCGCAAAAGGAUGACCUGCAACUCCUGUUCAGUGCAAUAACUUCUUGGUGUCCUCCCCACAAUCUCCCCUGGAGGAAGAGUGCGGGAGAAGUCCUAAUGACAUUAUCACGCCAUGGACUUAGUGUCAACGUAGUCAAGUAUAUUCAUGAAAAGGAAUGCUUGGCUACUUGUAUUCAGAACAUGCAGCAGUCAGAAGAUCUUUCAUCAUUAGAAAUAGUGGAGAUGUUUGCUGGGCUGUCCUGCUUCCUUAAGGAUUCCAGUGAUGCUUAUCAGACCUUACUGGAUGAUUUUAGGAUAUGCCAAGGAUAUACAUUUCUUGCUGAUCUCAUGUUGAGGUUAGAGCAAGCAAAAGAAGCAGAUUCCAAAGAUGCCCUGAAGGACUUGGUAAAUCUGGUUACCUCUCUCACAACAUAUGGGAUUUCUGAAUUAAAACCAGCUGGUAUCACCACAGGAGCACCAUUUCUGUUGCCUGGCUUUGCAGUCCCACUGCCUGUUGGUAAAGGUCAUGCUGUAAGAAAUAUUCAGGCAUUUAAUGUCCUUCAGAAUGCUUUUUUAAAAGCCAAAACAAGCUACCUUGCACGAAUAAUUCUUGAUGCCAUUUCAAACAUUUAUAUAGCAGACAAUGCCAAUUAUUUCAUCCUUGAACCACAGCACACAUUAUCACAGUUUGCAGAGAAAAUUCCCAAAAUGCCAGAAGUACAGACCAAAUACUUUGAACUGCUGGAGUUUGUUGUCUUUACAUUGAAUUAUAUCCCUUGUAAAGAACUUAUCAGUGUCAGCAUUCUGCUGAAGUCUAGCGCAUCCUACCAGUGCAGCAUCAUUGCUACCAAAACAUUGCUGAAGUUUACCAGGCAUGAUCCCAUCUUCAAGGAUGUCUUCAGGGAAGUAGGUCUUCUGGAGAUAAUGGUGAAUCUUCUCCAUAAAUAUGCGGCCUUCCUGAAGGAUCCCACUCAGGGCUUAAGUGAACAAGGUGAUCAAAAAAACUGUAGUUCAGUAGAGGACCAAAAACAUCUGUCUUUGUUAGUGAUGGAGACUCUGACAGUACUGCUUCAAGGAUCCAACAGCAAUGCAGGUAUUUUCAGGGAGUAUGGUGGAGCACGCUGCGUCCAUAACAUCGUGAAGUAUCCACAGUGCCGAACACAUGCAUUGAUGAUCAUUCAGCAACUAGUGUUAUCUAGUGGUGAAGAUGACAUGGGCACUUUGUUAGGGCUUAUGCAUUCUGCCCCACCAACUGAGCUUCAGUUAAAGACUGAUAUACUGAAGGCUUUGCUGGCAGUAUUAAAAGAAAGUCAUCGAACAAGGACUGUGUUUAGGAAGGUUGGAGGAUUUGUUUAUGUGACAUCGUUGCUGGUGGCGAUGGAGAGCUCACUGUGUUCCCCUCUGAAAAAUGACUGGGAAAAAGUGAACCAGAAUCAGAUUUUUGAACUGUUGUUUACUGUGAUUGCUACACUGACUGCAGCGAUGCGUUAUGAGCCUGCCAACUCACAUUUUUUCAAGACAGAGGUCCAGUAUGAAAAACUGGCAGAUGCUCUGCGAUUGCUUGGUUGUUUCUCAAACUGUCGGCAGCUGAGCCAAUCUAAUGUCCUUCCUUCAAAUUCUCAGCCUUUUCAAAGAUUGCUGGAGGAGGACUGUGUAGGAAUGGAUAGUGUGUCAGUCACAUUGAGGCACUGUAGUAAGAUUUUCAUUUACCUUUACAAAAUGGCUACAGAUUCUUUUGACAGUCGUGCAGAACAGAUUCCACCUUGCCUGACUAAUGAGACUUCUCUCCCCUCUCCUUGGGGGACUCCAGCAUUAUCGAGGAAAAGUAGGCAUGCCUAUCAUACAGUGCCAUUUGUAUGUCCAACCAAAAACAUGAUUGACACCAAACUGCAGCCUGGAAAUGCAUCCUUGCUCUCCACUGACUCAGUUGUGAUUCAUUCUGGAGCUGUUCUAGUCAUAUUAGACUUGCUUCCUGCUAUCAACUCAGAAGCACAUCCUGAGCAGGCACUAGACCUUCAACUUGCUGUGGCAAAUAUUCUGCAGUCAUUGGUCCAUGCAGAGAGGAAUCAACAGAUCUUGUGUGAGGCAGGACUUCAUGCAAGAUUACUCCAGAGGUGCAGUGCAGCUCUGGCUGAUGAAGAUCACCCUUUACACCCUCCUCUCCAAAGGACAUUUGAACGACUGGCCUCACAGGCUUUGCAACCAAUGGUGCUGAGAGAAUUCCUUCGUUUGGGAAAUCCUUUAAAUUGUGGAUCUUGGGACAAGAAGCUAUUAAAGCAGUACAGGGUUCAUAAGCCCAGUUCGCUAAGUUAUGAUAUUGACAUGAGAAGCAGUAUGACAAUGUCACUGGAAGGCUUUGGUUCAGAAAGUGUGUUCAAUGUGAGUGAAGAUCAGCAUUACAAGAUAAGCAAAAGUCUUGUGAAAUCAGCAGAAGGAAGCACAGUGCCUCUUACCAGGGUGAAAUGCUUGGUCUCUAUGACAACUCCACAUGACAUUAGGCUUCAUGGAUCAUCUGUCACUCCUGCAUUUAUAGAGUUUGACACCUCUCUGGAAGGCUUUGGAUGCCUUUUCUUGCCAAGUUUGGCUCCUCAUAAUGCACCUACCAACAAUGUUCCUGCUUCAGGAAUUAGUGAAGGUGUUGUUCUUAGUGGGAUUGGAACUGGUGAGAGGCUGUUUCCCCCUCCAUCAGGAUUAACAUACUCCACCUGGUUUUGCAUUGAACGUUUCAGCUCACCACCUAAUAAUCAUCCUGUCCGACUUCUUACUGUUGUCCGUCGAGCAAGCUCCUCUGAGCAGCAUUAUGUUUGCCUCGCAAUAGUUCUGUCUUCAAAGGACAAGUCUCUCACAGUGUCAACUAAGGAAGAGUUGCUGCAGGAUUAUGUUGAUGAUUUUAGUGAGGAGCAGUCAUUCUAUGAGAUUCUGCCUUGUUGUGCUCGUUUCCGCUGCAGUGACCUCAUCAGUGAGGGGCAGUGGCAUCAUCUGGUUCUUGUUAUGAGCAAAGGAAUGCUAAAGAACAGUACAGCUACACUGUACUUUGAUGGACAGCUUGUUAGUACUGUGAAGCUUCACUAUAUUCACAGUACCCCAGGUGGCUCUAGCUCUGUUAAUCCACCAGUGGUUAGUACAGUAUAUGCUUACAUUGGUACACCUCCAGCCCAGCGCCAGAUUUCAUCACUGGUGUGGCGCUUAGGACCCACUCACUUUUUGGAGGAAGUUUUGACUGCAGCUAAUGUGAUGAGUAUUUGUGAUUUGGGACCAAACUACAUUGGAAGUUUUCAGGCUGUAAGCUCAUCAUGUAAAGACUCAAAACCUGAAGUAGCCAUUCCUUGCCCUGUAUCACUAGUUCCAGAAGAGAAAGUUUCAUUUGGACUCUAUGCCGUUUCUGUUUCCUCACUUACAGUUGCUAAGAUUCGAAAAAUAUACAAUAAACUGGACAGCAAAGCCAUAGCAAAACAGUUGGCUAUUUCUUCCCAUGAGAAUGCCACACCAGUGAAACUAAUACACAAUUCUGCAGGACAUCUCAGUGGACCAGCUCGUACUAUUGGUGCUGCUCUUAUAGGAUAUCUUGGGGUGAGAACAUUUGUCCCAAAACCAGUUGCUACAACUCUACAGUAUGUUGGCGGUGCUGCUGCUAUUCUUGGUCUGGUAGCAAUGGCAUCUGAUGUUGAGGGAUUAUAUGCUGCUGUGAAAGCCCUUGUCUGUGUCGUAAAAAGUAACCCACUAGCCAGUAAAGAAAUGGAGCGGAUCAAGGGAUACCAGUUGCUGGCCAUGCUGUUAAAAAGGAAGCGCUCCCUUCUGAACAGCCACAUACUACAUCUGACAUUCUCCUUGGUGGGGACAGUUGACAGUGGUCACGAAACAUCUAUCAUUCCAAACUCAACUGCUUUCCAGGAUCUUCUUUGUGACUUUGAUGUCUGGCUUCAUGCUCCAUAUGAACUUCAUCUGUCAUUAUUUGAACAUUUUAUUGAACUUCUUACAGAAUCAAGUGAAGCAUCUAAAAAUGCCAAGUUAAUGCGGGAAUUCCAAUUAGUUCCAAAGCUACUGUUGACUCUGAGAGACCCAUCCUUGUCCCAACCUACCAUUGCUGCUAUUAGUAAUGUGCUUAGCCUUUUGUUACAGAGCUUUCCUAAUAACAAUGAUCUUCUCAGAUUUGGCCAGUUUGUCUCCUCCACUUUACCUACAUUUGCUGUCUGUGAGAAGUUUGUUGUUAUGGAGGCCACUAAUGAAGAAAAAAUUGAUGGUGGAAUGGAUGAUGAAUUUGGAGGGCUUUUAUCUCCUAAUACUAUUCUUUUAAGGAAUAGGCUUCUAGAUAUCCUGCUUAAGCUACUGUAUACAUCCAAAGAAAAGACGGCUGUCAGUUUACAAGCAUGUGAAGAGCUGAUAAAAAUUUUAGGUUUUGAUUGGAUAAUGAUGUUCAUGGAAGAGCAUCUGCACUCCACAACAGUCACUGCUGCUAUGAGAAUCCUUGUGGUCUUGCUCAGCAACCAGUCAAUCCUUCUCAAAUUUAAGGAAGGACUCUGUGGUGGUGGUUGGCUUGAUCAGACCGAUUCUGUCUUGACAAACAAGAUAGGGACUGUUCUAGGUUUUAAUGUAGGCAGAAGUGCUGGUGGUAGAUCAACUGUCAGGGAGAUUAACCGUGAGGCAUGCCACUUUCCUGGAUUCUCUGUUCUGCAGACAUUCCUUCCAAAGCACACCAGUGUACCAGAGGUCUACUUCCUGCUUAUGGCACUGUUUCUGCAGCAGCCGGUUACAGAACUACCAGAACACCUCCAGUUUGAUCUGGACUCUAUAUGGACCUUUAUAUUUGGAGUCCCUGCCUCGAGUGGUGCAGCAGUGGUUUCGUCCAUUCAUAGUGUAUGUACAGAGGCUACUUUUCUUCUUCUGGCUAUGCUGAGGAGCAUGCUGAAUUCACCUUGGCAGUCAGAAGAAGAAGGCUCGUGGCUGCGAGAGUAUCCUGUCACACUGAUGCAGUUCUUCCGCUACUUGUAUCACAACCUACCAGACCUUGCCCCAAUGUGGAUAAGUCCUGAUUUCCUCUACACACUGGCUGCUACAGUUUUUCCGUUUAACGUUCGACCUUACUCUGAGAUGGUAAGCGAUCUUGAUGAUGAAGUUGGCUCACCUGCAGAAGAGUUUCGAACAUUUGGUGGAGACACUGGGAUGAACCGUAGCCAGUCAGAAUACUGCAAUGUUAGCUUCAAGACCUACCUCACAAAUCACCCAGCAAAGAAAUACGUUUUUGACUUUAUGCGAGUCUUAAUCAUUGACAACCUUUGUCUCACAUCAGCCAGCAAACAAACUCCUGUCAUUGAUCUUCUGCUGGAGGCUUCUCCAGAAAGAUCAACAAGGUCACAACAGAAAGAAUUCCAGACACACAUUCUGGACAGUGUAAUGGAUCACUUAAUAGCAGCUGAUGUGCUUUUGGGUGAAGAAGCCUCACUGCCAAUCACUACUGGAGGCAGCUAUCAGAUACUGAUAAGUAACGUAUUUUACUUCACUCAGCGUGUCGUUGACAAACUUUGGCAAGGCAUGUUCAGCAGAGAAUCCAAACUGGUAAUAGAAUUCAUCAUCCAGCUCAUAGGCCAGUCAAAAAGAAGAUCUCAGGGAUUAUCACUUGAUUCCAUUUACCACUGCCUUAAUAGAACCAUUCUCUAUCAGUUCUCAAGAGCACACAAAACUGUACCCCAGCAGGUGGCUCUUCUGGAUUCUUUGAGAGUGUUGACUGUCAACAGAAAUCUGAUCCUUGGACCUGGUAAUCAUGACCCAGAAUUCAUCAGCUGCCUCGUUCACUGCCUGAUAAGCCUUCAUAUAGGGAGCAAUGUUGAUGGUUUUGGAUUAGAAGCAGAAGCUAGAAUGACAACAUGGCAUGUCAUGAUACCAUCCGAUACAGAAACUGAUGCUCCGCACAGUCAGGAUGUCAGUGAAGGUCGCCAACUUCUCCUGAAGGCUGUUAAUAGGGUGUGGACAGAGUUGGUUCACAGCAAAAAAUCUGCAUUAGAAGAGAUAUUUAAAGUAACUCUGCCAACCAAUGAUCGCGGGCAUGUUGAUUUAGCAGCUGCACGUCCCCUGCUUGAAGAAAUGGCCUUAAAAUCUUGGCAGAAUCAUCUAGCCCAUGAAAAGAAAUGCAUAAGCAGGGGAGAAUCAUUGGCUCCAGCUGCUCAGUCGAGGCUCUCUCGUGUCAGCAGUGGAUUUGGCAUCUCAAAGCUUACCGGAUCAAGAAGGAACAGAAGGGAAACUGGUUUAAAUAAAAACAGCUUUACCACUCAGGAGACAUCUCAGUGGAUGUUUAUACACAUUGCAGUCGUUCGAGAUUUGGUUGAUAUGCAGUAUAAGGAAUACCAAGAGCGUCAACAGAAUGCUUUGAGAUAUGUUAAUGAAGAGUGGUCACAAAUAGAAUAUGAACUGUUGAGAGAAAGGGGUCUGUGGGGACCACCCAUUGGCUCUUUCCUGGACAAGUGGAUGCUGGCAAUGACAGAAGGGCCCUGUCGAAUGAGGAAGAAGAUGGUACGAAAUGAUAUGUUUUAUAUACAUUACCCCUAUGUCCCAGAGAGUGAACAGGAAACAAACACUUUGAAACCUGCUCGUUAUCGAAGGGCUAUCAGUUAUGACAGUAAGGAGUACUACAUGCGUCUGUUUUGUGGAAAUCCUGGUAUUUAUCAAGAUAACAUAGAGGAUAAUUCAGAAGGAGAAACAGCCCAGCAGGAACUUGAGCAUGGGGAAGAUACCAUAGCCAGGGUCAAAGAUACAGGCCUAGUGAAGGCACCAUUGAAGCGGUCUCGCUCUGCUCCAGAUGGUGGAGAUGAGGAUAGUCAAGAACAACUGCAGGACCAGCUGUCCGAAGGCAGUUCCAUGGAUGAAGAGGAGAAAACUGACAGUACAACACUACUGCGCCUGCUUGAAGAGGGAGAAAAGAUUCAACAUAUGUACAGAUGUGCUCGAGUUCAAGGCUUGGACACUAGUGAAGGGCUUCUCCUAUUUGGUAAAGAACAUUUUUAUGUAAUUGAUGGCUUCACAAUGACUGCCUCUCGUGAGAUUCGGGAUAUUGAAACACUACCACCAGAUAUGCAUGAGCCCAUCAUUCCUAGAGGUGCAAGACAAGGCUGUAGCCAGCUGAAGAGGACAUGCAGCAUUUUUGCCUAUGAAGAUAUCAAAGAGGUUCACAAGAGGCGAUACCUUCUACAGCCAAUUGCAGUAGAGGUUUUCUCAGCAGAUGGACGAAAUUACCUUUUGCCUUUCCAAAAAGGAGUUCGAAAUAAAGUUUACCAGAGGUUUUUGGCAGUCGUUCCGUCUUUGACUGAUAGUUCAGAGUCUGUCUCUGGGCAACGCCCCAACACCAGUGUAGAGCAAGGGUCUGGACUACUCAGUACAUUGGUAGGAGAGAGGUCUGUGACACAGCGAUGGGAGAGAGGAGAAAUCAGCAACUUCCAGUACCUGAUGCAUUUGAACACUCUAGCAGGGAGAUCCUAUAAUGAUCUUAUGCAGUACCCUGUCUUUCCAUGGAUCCUUGCAGAUUACGAUUCUGAGGAGUUGGAUCUUAGUAAUCCUAAAACAUUUAGGAACUUGGCUAAGCCUAUGGGAGCACAGACUGAGGAGAGACUAGCUCAGUACAAGAAGAGAUACAAAGACUGGGAAGAUCCGAAUGGUGAAACACCGGCCUACCAUUAUGGAACACACUACUCAUCAGCCAUGAUAGUUGCCUCAUACCUUGUCCGGAUGGAGCCAUUCACACAAACUUUCUUAAGGCUUCAGGGAGGCCAUUUUGAUCUUGCUGACAGAAUGUUUCACAAUGUACGAGAGGCUUGGUAUUCAGCUUCGAAGCACAAUAUGGCUGAUGUGAAGGAGCUUAUCCCAGAAUUCUUUUACCUUCCAGAGUUUCUUCUUAACUCCAAUAAUUUUGACCUAGGUUCAAAGCAGAAUGGCACAAAGUUGGGAGAUGUGAUUCUGCCACCGUGGGCCAAAGGUGAUCCUCGAGAGUUCAUCAGGGUGCACCGAGAGGCUCUAGAAUGCGAUUACGUUAGUGCUCAUCUACACGAGUGGAUAGAUUUGAUCUUUGGCUACAAGCAGCAAGGCCCUCCAGCAGUGGAGGCUGUGAAUGUCUUCCAUCAUCUCUUCUAUGAGGGACAGGUGGAUAUUUAUAACAUCAAUGAUCCUCUAAAAGAGACUGCUACGAUAGGUUUCAUCAAUAAUUUUGGUCAAAUUCCAAAGCAGCUAUUUAAAAAACCGCACCCACCAAAGCGUGUUCGAAGUCGUUUUAAUGGAGAAGUUACUGGAAUCCCAACUUCUUUGAACUCUACACCUGAUAAGAUUUUCUUCCAUCACUUGGACAACUUAAGGCCAUCCUUUGCACCUGUUAAAGAACUCAAGGAGCCGGUGGGCCAAGUUGUCUGCACAGACAAAGGUAUUCUGGCAGUAGAACAGAAUAAAGUCCUAAUUCCACCUUCCUGGAAUAAGACAUUUGCAUGGGGCUAUGCAGAUCUCAGCUGUCGACUAGGUGCAUACGAUUCAGACAAGGUUGUAACUGUGUAUGAAUGUCUGUCUGAAUGGGGGCAAAUACUUUGUGCAAUCUGCCCUAGCCCUAAGCUGGUUAUCACUGGAGGAACAAGUACUGCCAUCUGUGUUUGGGAAAUGGGCACAUCCAAGGAAAAAGCAAGGAUGCUUACUCUUAAACAGGCACUUCUUGGUCAUACUGACACCAUCACGUGUCUAACUGCAUCAUUGGCUUAUCAUAUUAUUGUCAGUGGCUCCAGGGAUCGAACCUGCAUUAUCUGGGAUCUCAACAAGCUGUCAUUUGUCACACAGCUCCGGGGACAUAGAGCUCCAGUGUCUGCACUUUGUAUAAGUGAGCUAACAGGCGACAUUGUGUCAUGUGCUGGCACCUACAUUCAUGUAUGGAGCAUUAAUGGCAACCCAGUUGUAAGUGUCAAUACCUUUACUGGUAGAAGUCAACAAAUUCUGUGCUGCUGUUUAUCAGAGAUGAAUGAAUGGGAUACUCAAAACGUCAUAGUUACAGGACAUUCUGAUGGAGUGGUUAGAUUUUGGAGAAUGGAGUUUCUACAGGUGCCAGAAACGCCAGCACCAGAACCAGCAGAUCUCCCCGAUACACAAGAUGACUGCAGCGAGGCGCAAAUAGGAGGUGAGGCCCAGGAAGAAGACAGUAGUGACUCUGAAGCUGAUGACCAAAGUAUCACUCAGGAUGCCCAACCAAAGCCUAGCCAGAAUGCAACACAACCAGGAAGUGUCAGUCAUAGAUCAAAAGGAUCAACAGGCAGAGUGCCAUGGACAACAGACAAUAGCUCUGAUGACUCACGACGUUGGUCUGAUCAAUUAAGUUUGGAUGAAAAAGAUGGCUUUGUAUUUGUGAACUAUUCAGAGGGGCAGGUUCGGAUGCAUCAUGUAACUCAGAACAGCACAUACCUACAACCUCAGACAGCACAACUUAGCCAUGUGGAGGUGCGGCCUUAUUGCAGGUUAAAACCAGGGUAUCGCUGGGAACGCCAGUUAGUAUUUAGAAGCAAGCUAACUAUGCACACUGCCUUUGACCGUAAGGACAAUGUACAUCCUGCAGAGAUAACGGCACUGGGUGUUUCAAAAGACCACAGUAAAAUCUUAGUGGGUGAUGCUCGAGGCAGAGUAUUUAGUUGGUCAGUAAGUGACCAGCCAGGACGUUCAGCAGCUGACCACUGGGUGAAAGAUGAAGGAGGGGAUAGUUGUUCAGGAUGUUCUGUGCGAUUUUCACUCACGGAGAGGCGUCACCACUGCCGGAACUGCGGGCAGCUCUUCUGUCAAAAAUGUAGCAGGUUCCAGUCAGAAAUAAAGCGCUUGAAAAUCUCUUCACCAGUGCGAGUCUGUCAGAACUGUUACUACAAUCUACAGCAUGAGAGAGGUUCAGAUGAGAGUGGGUCCAGAAAUUAAUGAAAUUGUGGCAGCAUGCAAACUGUCGGAAACAAUGACUUUAUCAUCUGUCCUCUAAAUAUGCUUCUGUCUUGAGCUCUCCAGACUUGGAUGCUUCAGUCCUUGUAAAGGCUGGCAAGAAAUCGAGUAAGGAUGAUGCAGUUGAUGUUAUCUUGGUACUGUGUUUUCUGAAACAGAAAGGGAUCACUGUCUGCAUUUAAAUGUCUGCACUGUACAGUUAUAACUAGCUGGUUCACUGCAGGAAACCACUGGUGGUUUCAUGAAAGGAAAGUCAGCACCAUACUCCACAGCCCUCCACUGCUUAUUGUCACUGUUAUUGUACCAUAACUCGUUUUGUGUCAGACUGUUUUAACGUUACACUGCAAUUUGUGGGAGAAGACACAAAACACUGGCUUUUUAGAUUGUAGUUGUAAAUCUGCCUUCCUCGUGAGUGCAGCUGUUUAUAUUGUAAAUAAAUAAAUAUUAUAAUGGUCUUUUUAACUAGAUGGACAUAAAAAAGUUCCCUGGGACUUCAGCCUCAACCAGUAAUUAAUAAACUGCAAGUAGUUUAUCUUGAAUUUUUAAAUUCAUGCAGAAAGAAAUUAAUGUGUAAUAACACUCAUUAUGCUGGCAUUAUGUGGUUAUUUUUUAAAUAUUCUUUCUGAUUUCAGGGUAAUGAUUGUUGAUCAUGUUUGUUUACUUCAUAUAUCAGAGAUUUGUUUUCCUCAGUAUCUUUCAGUUUGCCAUCUUCCAUUAUUUCCUCCAGCCUGUAAGUUGGGUGUUUGAGUAGUAGAGAAUAGUGCACUCAUUUUUCACUGUAGUAGCUGAUAUUUAAAUAAUGGUGACAUGUAACACACAUUUUUGCUAAACACAGGUGUGAAGUAUUGGUUUAGGUAAGUUGUUUAGUUUAUAGUCUCUUGCAUAGUUUUUGCAUUAUCACAGUGCAUAUGUUGUCUGUGGUAAAUGACUGUGCUUAAAGCUGACAUGGACUAUAUAAUGCAUAGAAGCACAGGCACUUGCAUCAGAAACGGAAUGCUAACCUCUUCUAGUUAGUGGUAGAUGACCCUAACCCUGUUUGAUGUUUGACUUUAUCCUGUCAUCCCUUUCUGGUAUUAUUCCCUAAUGUACAUAAUUGUUGCUGCUAAAAUUAAAACAAUUAACACAAACCUGCUUUUUGGACAUGAGUUACAAAGCAAUACGCUUAUAAUUCAUUAGUGGCUGUUACAUCUGGAGUGCAGCAUUAACUUUUUCACAUUGUCAUUAUUCCAGCUGAAUCCUCCCAUUUUACACAGAAGCAGAGUGUUUGUGGGCACCUUUUUAUGAAUUUGACUGUUGCCUUUCCCUUUCUUGACUACCCUUGCAGAAAAAGUGAUGUAUACUAUCAUUAUUUCUGUGCAAAAUGUGUGUCUUCACUUAACGCCUUGGAAUGUCCCCUAUUCUAGUUUUUUGUUUUGCCUUUUUGUUAAACUUUACUUGCCCUUCAGCAUCUGUUGAUUACUAUUAGAUGUGUUGUGUAGGCAGCCUCUCUUUGCUUGAUUAUUUGGGUGCAGGCACAUAACCUCCUUUGGUUAAGGCAUGUAGCACAGAGGAUUAAAGUUACGAGCUGUUAAUGAGUUUCUUCCUGAAUGAGUUGCUUCCUGUAAGUCAAAGGUAAUGUUCGAUUCCUUCCACUUCUGUUUGCCUAAGUGGCUCUGAGCAAGUCACUUGACCAGACAGUGCUCCAAGAUCACCCCUGAAAAAGGAGACUUUGUCUACUGGGCUUAACAAAUAGAAUAAAAAUAGUUUCUGUUCUUAACCUGGUCCUUCUGUCCAUACGGAGCUAAGGGCUUCCAGAAGUACACAGAAUAUAAAAUGAAGGCACAGCAAUUUUGUGUGCUUUUCAUCUGAGAUGAUUAGUGAACCUGGUUGGACCUGUGGCUGCAUGAAUUUGUACAGUCAGGGAUCUACAGCUCCAAGCAACUAGAGUUGGCAAGUAAUUUUUCAUCUUUGAGUACAAACCAGCUAGUUUGCAGUUCAUAACAGUUGACAAAUUGUUCAAAUAACAUGGUAUUUGCUCAGAGGUAAUCACCAUCUUUCUUGUCUUCUCCAGUCUUGUAGAUGUUACCCUCACUUUAGACCCCUGCCACAAGACUUGAUUUUUUUCUUAGCUAAGGUACAUUGCAGCCUAAUUCUAGGUUACUGCAGAAAAAUUAUUUAAGAUUGUAUCACAUGCUCCCUUCCCAAGUCAAGUAAUCCUUCCUUAGGUUCUUUUGAACAUCUUAACUAUUUUCAUACAUUUCACACUAAAUUUUGUCUGUCAUAGUCUGGUCUAUCUUUUUUUAUUCUUGCUACCUUUUUCGUAGUAUGUCUACACUUCUGUAAUUGUCGAUUUAAUGUUCAGUUACACUUUUACUUCCAGUACCAGUGCACUUUCAUUUAGAAAUAUACUAAGCAGAAAAUAAUGCUUGGCAGGGUGGGUGUUACUAGGGGAGUAGGAAAUUAGCUACUAGCUGAGGGCCUUUUCUCCUCUGUAAGCCUGUUAUUUCCCCAGUAGUGCCCAUCUUGAAGGGUAGUAUUGCACUUAGAAAAUGGGUUGUCUGUUAAAUGGGUUUGUAUUUGUUUUACUAUUAGUAUAUACAUAUAUAUACAUUUGUGUAUAUACAUUUUUUGAUGUAAAGUAUUUCCUUUGUCUAAUGUUUAAUUGUUGUUGUAGGAUAUGAAAUUGCUCUUGGAAGAUGUAUUUUACAUACAAAAUCUACAUUAUAUAACUGUUUAAUGUGCACUCACACAUCUACACAGUAAAUUCCAUAUAUAGACAUAGUAACAGUUGCAGAGGCAGAGAGUUUCUCACACAUGAAAUACAUACACACACACACACACACACACACACACGCAUAUACCCAGCAGUUACAACCAGUUUGUUGGUUGUCAACAUGUCAGAUGCCUCACUGUCAUCAAAUGAAUAAAAAACUACAUACAAUGCAAAAGAAUACAUCUCCCUGCCCCAUACCCCUCAAGUUGUCUGAUUCUGUGUCAUAUGUCUGCUCUGUCCCUAAAAACACUUGAUUUUUUCAUACAUUUUUGUUCAGAAAAAGCAUGUUGAUGCAAAAUGUCGUGCUCUAUUAACUUCUUGAGUAAGUAUGGGUAAUAUUUAUAAUUUUUCCUGUUUUUGCUGGCUUUAUCCAGAAUUCUUGAGCAAAGAAGUUAAGAAAUGUCUCUCUCUCUCUCUGUCACACACACCUUCCUUUUAAUACAGUUAACUGCAUUUUUUUCAUUUAUUUUUAAGUGCUGCUGCUAACCAUGGUGAAAGAAAAGUUUCAGCUGCAUGUAACUGUUGAAUUCCACUCUCUAAAUGGGACAUGUUUAGCAAACGAUAAAAAAUAGACACCAUUUUUUUCUCUCUGCUUCACGGUGGCUUAAUACGCUACUGGGAAGCCAUGGGUUUGAUACAGAUGGUACUCUCCUUGUUCAUAGGGUUACCACCUGUCCCAUUUGUGAGGGACAGUCCCUCUUUGGGCAGUUGUGUCCUGACAAAAAAUAUUAAA